AUGCUUGGGACAAAUAAUACAUAUCGCGGAACAAUUGGCGCAAAAUUUCCAUUUGAUGACGAUAAAGCGGCAGAUUUGUUGGCAAAACUAUUAGCAUCAAAAACGGAAGCCAACAAAAUGCAAAUAUUUCAAUUACUUACACAGAUUAACAAUACACAGCGACAAAUGAUUAAAACACCAUAUAAGACAAGAUACAAUAAAGAUUUAAUGAUCGAUCUAAUGAAUGGACUAUCCGGUGAUUACAGAGAUAUCAUUUUGGCACUUAUGGAAACCCCAACCAAAUAUGAUACUUUACAACUUAUUAAAGCAAUUAAUGAAGCAAAUAUCAAUGAAUCUAUACUAAUCGAAAUUCUUUGCUUACGAACUGAUUUGGAAAUAGCUGCGAUCAAAAAUGAAUACCAAACAAUAACAGGAAAUGAACUGGAAACUGAUAUAGCUUCACGUGUAAGUGGUGAUCUGAAAGACAUUUUGCUAACCGUUAUUCAGAAAGCGAUCACCGUAACAAAUGACAAUAUCGUUGAUAUGGAGAAGAUUAAGCAAGAACUGAAGAAAAUAUUGGGAGAAAAGAAGAAAAUUGAUAAAACAACAAUAAAAAAUAUCAUUGGAUUACUACCAGCUUAUCAAUUGAACAUUUUAGUCAUCGAAUAUGCGACAAUUACCGGACGUCAAAUUGAACAAGACAUUGAAGAUUUAUUGGUUUUACGAUUACAAAGAUUAGCACCUUUGUUAGCUCAUACUGAUAAAGCACUCUUUGUUAGCGCACAUUAG